UUCUUUGAACGGGGAGGCGGUAAAAGAUGCCGGAGGAGCGGGGAGAAACGGUUCAAGGAACAGAGCGGGGUCUGGGAAUAAGGAAGAGAAGGAGGAGACACUGCAGCCGGGCCUGAGACACCAGGAACAUGGGCUCCAGGGCCGAGCAGCAGCUGCUGAUUGUGGUUUCCGUCCUGGAAGGGCGACAUUUUCCAAAACGUCAUCGCCACAAAAUUGUGGUAGAAGCGCGGUUUGAUGGAGAGUUGCUGGCAACAGACCCAGUUGAACACAAAAGUCAGCCCGAGUUUGUUACAGAACUUGCUUGGGAACUUGACAGAAGGUCAUUAUAUCAGCACAGGUUACAGCGCACACCCAUCAAGCUAUAUUGUUAUGCAGUGGAUUCGCUGUCAUUAGCAAAGGAGUCUGUGGGUUAUAUAAUUUUGGAUUUGAGGUCUGUUCAAGAGACUAAACAGACACCCAAAUGGUAUCCCUUGCUUAGCAGCAAAUACACAAAAAAUAAACCUGAAAUCAAAAUUGGCAUUAUGUUGGAGGCUGAUGUUAAACCACAAAUAGAAGGUUUUAAAGCCAAAGAGGCACCUCCAAAAGAUGGGAAAUCUGAAUAUCUUUAUCAGAUAAUGAUGGAGGACACUGGUACCAUUCCAAUACUAACAGAUAAAGCAGAGAUUAUAGAAAGGGAGGAACUUGGAACAAUCAUCAUCACUAGGGAAAAAGUA